AUGAAGUUCACCACCUCCUCCGCAGCCGUCACGGCCGCCGCCGCCCUGCUCCCCGGAGCGUCGGCGACCAUCUACUACGCCGGUGUAGCGCAGUCUGGCGGCGAGUUCGGCGUGUGGAGCGCCGAUGCCACGCCUGGCACCGGUCUGCCGGGCACGUUUGGCGUCGAGUACCAGUUCAUCGACGAGGCUGGCGUUGACACCAUGGUGGACCAGAACAAGGUCAACCUGCACCGUGUGGCCUUUUUGCUAGAGCGCAUGUGCCCGCCCGCGGACGGGCUGGGUGCCAAGUUCAAUGAGACGCACUUUGACUUCUUCAAGCAGUCGAUCGAUUACAUUACCACGACCAAGGGGGCUUACGCCAUCCUCGACCCCCACAACUACAUGCGCUACAACGACCCCUCCUCGCAGCCGUACAGCGGCAGCAUCAUCGGCAACUCGUCCGACCCGACGGCCGCCACGACCGCGCAGUUCGGCGAGUUCUGGGGCGAGCUCGCAGCGCGCUUCGCCGACAACGAAAAGGUCAUCUUCGGCCUGAUGAACGAGCCGCACGACAUGCCCAGCUCCCUGCUACUGGACAACCUGCAGGCCGCCGUGGACGCGAUCCGCGCGGCGGGCGCAAACAACCUCAUCAUCGCCCCCGGCAACUCCUGGACGGGCGGGCACGCGUGGACCCAGGGCGGGGACGAGGCCAGCAGCAAGUGGCUACACAAGCUGGUGGACCCGGCCAACAACACGGCCAUCGACAUCCACGAAUACCUGGACCAAGACUUCAGCGGCUCACACACGGCCUGCACGCAGGACGCGGCCACCAACCUCGCCGACGUCACCGCCUGGCUCAAGGAGCACAACCUCAAGGCCUUCAUCACCGAGUUCGGCGGCUCCAACACCACCGAGUGCCUCGACAUGCUCGACAGCAUGGUCGACUACAUGGCUGACAACGAAGAGUACAUUGGCUGGACCGCGUGGGCCGCGGGUCCCUUCUGGGGCCCUAACAGCCCCUGCUGCACCGACUCGAACCAGUACGGUAGUCUCGAGCCCGGAAGCACCGCGGGCGACGGCACCCCGGGUCUGUACGAUACCGUCUGGCUGCCUGUGCUGCAGAAGAAGGUGCCGGCGCAGUUGCAGUGGGAUGGCCCGGCGAGCGUUGAGGGUGGUGAGCUGACGGAGAAGGCGUAA